GAAAAAAAUUCAUAAUGGUUGUUAUCGACCGAAAAAUUAAUUGUUGCUUAGGUAUCAAAAUUAUAUUAUUAUUAUUUUUAAUAUAUGAAUUGACUAAAGUUAUACGUCUUAUUAUCCUCUUCGCAUCAGAUAAAUCGUUUAGAAAUUCGUUGGAAUUUUCUCGUUCUGCAUAUUCUAUAAUUGUUGCUUAUGGGUUAAUAGCAAUUACAGCAGAUUGUACGUUAAGACACAAAACAUCUAAAUUGUUAUCAAUAUAUUCCAAAGUAUUUUACGGAAUUGCAGGAUUUAACAUUUUUAAUAGUAUAAUGAUAAUUGCUGAAACAAUAACUUCUGCGAUAGAAUAUAAAUUAAUAUUUAUUCUUCCUGGCUACAUUAUUUUGUCAGUGUAUUUUGCUAUGGUAAUCUUAACUUACGUAUGUAAAAUGAAAGAUAAAGAUGAAAUAACAAAUCAAUAUAAUUUACAAGUUUUUAAAAAUUUUUUGUUUAUAAUAAUAAAUAACAUGAUUCUAUAA